UUGUUGCCUCUUCCCCGUUUCUGUCUCCUCGUUGGUGGAUGCAGCGAAUGUCCACUGUCCUGCAGGGAGUUGGGGGAGAAAACAAGCGAGACCUCGUCCACAUGUGACGGGUUUCGAUCGUGAGGUGAUGACGGCUGUUGUAGCUUGUUUAUUAUGGCAAACUAUGGUUCCAGCUGUGAGGUGACCGUGAACACCGCCGUGGUGUGUUUGAGAAAAUUAGUCAGAGUGAAGAAUAAUUUUUUUUGUUUAUUUAGUUUUAGUCUCUGGUUAGUUUACAAGGAAAUAACGAUUAUAAAGUUAAUAAAUGCUGGCUCAUGUUUUGGUCUAACAGUUGUUACAUCAUUAGUAAAAUAAAACAGUCCAGUUGGACUGGAUGAAGCAGACACAGCUGACUGACUCGGUGAUGUCCUCAGACUUGUCAGUCUCUCUGUCAGGCCCUGGUCUCACUCUCCUCCUUUCUCUCUCCGUGUGUUUGAUUUCUACACCAGAGCCAGCCUUCGGUGAAGUCAACCAACUCGGCGGCGUGUUCGUGAACGGCAGGCCGCUCCCCAACGCCAUCCGCCUCCGCAUCGUGGAGCUGGCCCAGCUCGGGAUUCGACCCUGCGACAUUAGCCGACAGCUGCGCGUCUCGCACGGCUGCGUCAGUAAGAUCCUGGCCCGCUACAAUGAGACUGGCUCCAUCCUGCCGGGAGCCAUCGGAGGCAGCAAACCCCGGGUCACCACACCCACCGUGGUCAAGCACAUACGGACGUACAAGCAGCGAGACCCGGGGAUUUUUGCCUGGGAGAUCCGGGACAGGCUACUCGCCGACGGGGUUUGUGACAAGUUCAACCUCCCGUCCGUCAGCUCCAUCAGCCGGAUCCUGCGCAACAAGAUCGGGAAUCUGUCCCAGCAGAGUCAGUACGAGUCCGGGAAGCAGGCGCCUCACCCUCCGCCUCAGCCCACCUUAUCCUACAACCACUUGUAUCCGUACCCGACCUCCAAAGUGCCAACUCCCCCUGGGAUGCCCACUCUACCCGGACACAUGGCCAUGCACAGGAUAUGGCCUUCGUCGCACUCUGUGACAGAUAUUCUGGGGAUACGGUCGAUAACAGAGCAACAAAUUAGUGACAGUGCAGCCUUUUCCAGCGCCAAACUAGAAGAAUGGAGCGCGUUAAACAGGACUAAUUUCCCAGCAGCCAUCUCUCCGCUAGUCAGUGACGUGGAUAAACCGCAUUUAGAACCUGAAGCAAAAUACACACAGAUGCUGAAUGGCUUGCCCACAGUGAACAGCUAUGCCACAGCACCCAGCAUCACUCCCUACCACCAUCCCACCCAAGUGUCACCCUACAUGGGGUACAGCGCCACCACGUCGGCCUAUGUGACCGGAGCCACAUGGCAGCCGGCCAGUGGCAGUGCUCCAUCUCCCCGCAGCUGUGACAUCGCCGCCCCUCUGGCCUUCAAGAGCAUGACGGCCGGCUGCGACUCCAUCCACCAGGUCACCGCCUCGGUGCGGUGAGGUCAGCCCCGAGGACUGAUGGGACGGAGAGAUCAAGACGGCCACCCUGUGGCGGCCCUCGAUCCGGUCCCACUGCCUCCUUCCUCUGCCAAGGACUUGACCCCGGGACCCAUAUUUGUGGCGUCCCUCCAACACAGACAGACCAGAGACAGGACUGGAAAUAAACAGCGAGACCAUUUUGACCACAAACACGUCUGAAAGAAGUUGCAGGACAGGUGUAACCGAGGGACUGGGACUGGGACUGGGACUCCAUCCAUUCAUCUAUCAACACGACUCCUCUCCAGAUUCUUCACUGAGCUCUUCUGCUGCAAUCGUCUUUGGGCAAAAACAGGGGGGUGACGUAGAAUUCCAAAAAUAUGCAAUCAAAGAAGAGGGGAAAAAAAACUCUGCAUUUGUGUUUUCAGGGUGCUUAUUCAUAGCUUUUCUUGUGUUUGUUUUGCUCUUGUUGUUGUUGUUGUUUAUGUUUUGAUAUAAGUCACAUUGUGUCCUAUGGUGCAUUGUUUUCCCACUUCUCUAAAAAGAAACAAACAAACAAAAAAAAAAGAAGAAGAAAUGUAGCCGAUGUGCAGGAGCUCCACGCUGGGAGAAGUUUAUUUAUUAGAUUAAGGUACGUUAAAUGAAGUGCAAUUUGCCUCACAGACGGAUCAGAACCUCCGGGAGCGUAAAGAAUAGAAUUGGCUUUGUUCUGAUGUCGGAGUCUUCGAGCAUUAACAAUUGACAAAUGUUGCACAAUGAAAUUGAAUGUAUCUUAUUAAACUGUUUGGCUGUUA